UGGUGACACUCAGUGGGUGACCGACUGCGCUCGGUGCCGGUCACGUCUGGUCGACCCGUGCGACAGGCCGCACAUGCUGCCCGAGCGGUCGCCGGACGGUCGACGGACUCGACGGGAGAUAGCGGGAGGUGGACGGUGGACAUUGGUCGGAGGACAGCGAGAACGGAUAGCGGAGGGCGGAGGAAACAACGACGGAGACGAGCCGAAAACAGCGGCGGAGACGAGCCGACAACAGCGGCGGAGACGAGCCGACAACAGCGGCGGAGACGAGCCGACAACAGCGGCGGAGACGAGCCGAAAACAGUCGGACGACGGGCAGUGGUCAGGACUUACAGACGCAGAAAGUAUCUCAUAUAGAAAGUAAUCAAGACCACCCGCAAUGGAGUAACAUCGACAUCAUUGUGCUUUGCUGAAUGUUCGUUUGGUGACUCGGGUGACUCGGGUGACUGCAAUCAACGAGAUUGAGGCAUCGCACGUCCGGGAUUGACAACUGGUCUACAAGUUAGUGCAAUCAUGGCCUGAAGACGAGACAUCAGCAAGGGACCACUGCAAUUGAACUGGAAGCUGUGUCGGUUCUGAUUUUCCCGACAAACGGCCGGUCGGCUGAACUGUGGUCACCCUUAUUGCAAUGACUUUGCACAGGACAGAGCAGUGAUCGUGGCAGAGUGUAGCGAUCAGCGCAGUCAGCGGAUAUCCUGUGACGCAGAGCACAUCCUGCGGACGGCAGGAGAGUGAGGCGCCUUGGUUGCGGAGCAGCGCACGCGUUCACGAAAUCUGCGUGAGGACUGAGCGCCGAUCCUGCAGCAAUGCUUUGGUCACCGCAGUCGUCGCCGCUGCUGAUUCUACCGCUGCUGUUAGCACUUCCUUCGAACGAUGCCACCAACAAUAACGGCAGCAGCCGAUGGAGGGGUGCCUCGUGCUGCAGGGAGGCCGUGGUGCCCGGCUGCGCAGUCGCCUGCAAGCGCGCCACCUCCGUGCCAGAACUGGAGAGGCACUGCCGGAGAUCGCACGAGGGAGAGCUCUACAAUUGCCUCUCAGAACAGAAGCGCGCCAAAGGUGGCAAAAAUGGCAAGGCCAGGGACUACAUAGAGGACGAGGAAAUUCAGGAAGUGAUCAAGUGCUGCCAGGGGGCCAGCUCCGGGCCCUGUCGGACCGCCUGCCGGGAGCUGCAGGAGGCGGCGCCGGCCGCCAGGGAGGCCGCCCUGACGCGGCUCCAGGACACCGCCUGCGGCCAGGAGGACGCGGCGUUCUGGGAGUGUCACGGUGGCGGCCCGCCGGCUCCGGAGCUGCCCUCACACCGUCUCGAGCUGCACUGCUGCCCUCUGGGGGACACGGCUCAGUGCCGGCAGCUCUGCACGCACACCUACUCUCUGCGCUGGCACGACCAGGGGCCGCGCUUCGAGACGCGCUGCCUGGACGCCAACUUUGGGGAGACGCGCAUGAGACACUGCAUUAGAGAUGCGGAGGCGCCCUGCCUGCCCAGCUCGGGUCGGCUGCACUUCUGUAAGGGCGUCACGGACGAGGGCAGCCGCCUGUACCGGCGCUGGGAUAAAGGCGCCGACGAUAACGCCAAGAGCGAGUUCCUCGGGUGGAUGCGGACAGGAGCGCUGGGUCUGUCGUUCCGCAACCUCUCCAUCAUCACCACGGGCCGGUGUAAGACGGAACUGAAGCGACUGGCGUGCCUGCUGCACCUCCGGCCCUGCCGCCGCUCCGACCACGAGCCUGCCCAGCUCUGCAGGUCAGACUGCGUGCGGCUGCUGGAGACGUGUCUGAGCCCGGCCGGGGACGAGGCCGACCCGGCCACACUCUGCGAGCUGAUGGCCGCCCCCGAGCCGGACUGUGUGCGAGCCAUGACACUGGACACCUCGCCGCUGUCGGUCUCGGAGAACACACUGGAGCCAGAGCUUCCGCAGGGGGACGAGACGCAGUGGAGGAGUCAGGUGACCAGUCCGUGUCACCCCUCACCCUGUGAGGCGGGAAUGGUGUGCAGGGUGGCCGCUCCCAACCUGUCCACUCGACACUGUCUGCCAGGCUGCCGCCUCAGCACCGUCAGCAACAGUAUGGUGGCGCUGGGCUCCUCGGUGCUCCUGCCGCCGGUCGGCGGUGACGGCGGCCACCUCUCGCUGCUGCUCUGCGCGCCGGACCCGGGCGGCGGGCCGCCGCAGCUGACCCGAUGCACCUCCGUUACCGUACCCAGCAGCAUUCCCUGCGACGCCUUCGAUACCAAAAUCGACUCUGGGACGGUGGUCCACCAGCGCUGCCUCUCCUGUGUCUGUGUGGACGGGGACCUCCUGUGUCGGACCGCUCCCGAGUGUCUCAAGUCGAGCCGCCCGCUGAAGUCAGCGGCCAGUGUGGGCGCCCUUCAGCCCACCUGCGUCCAUAUUCACACUCAGAGGUCAGCAUUCCAGAGGUGCGUGCCCUCGCAGUUGAAUUUUGACCCGUGCGAGGUGCGCCCCUGCCCGACCGGCCACCGCUGCCUACCCCAGCCCGACAUCUGUGUGGACAGCCUGCAGCCCUGCGAACUACACACCUGCGUUCCGGAGGCGCCUGGGGCGAUAACGGAGGCGGCAGCCACCUGUCAGCGCUCCCAGUCGUCCGUUCUGGCGACAGAGGAGAGCGACUGGCACCAGCCCUAUGUGGCGUGUCCCGUGUCCGCGGAGGAGUGCGACGCGCCCCUCCCGCCGUGUGGGACGGCCGGCGACAACGGCACAGUGCUGCCACCGUGCGGCAGCGCGCUGAGACUCUACUUCAGCCGGCGGCGGCUGGCGGCGCUGGGCUCGCCGGUGCCGGCGCGCUCGGUGCUGUCGGCUCUGCGCCGACUGGUGGGGACGGCCGAGUGCGCGCUGACCGGCCGACUGGAGGCGGCGCGUCAGCUGACUGUGAUGGUGAUCGGGGAGCGCCCCGCCGCCGCCGCCGUCUGCCGCCUGGAGGCCGACAAACUGCGCGUGUGGCUCAGCUCGGGCAGCCCGGCAGUAGCCUCCGAGCCGGCCCUCUGGCCCGUGGUGUUCGCAGAGAUGGUGCUGGACCCGGCGGCCAGUGGUGCCGCCGUCACCAGCGGCCCGGCCGCGCUGGUGCUGGUGCUGGCGGGGGUGGUGCGGUGGUGCCUGGCGCGGUAGGAGGGACGCUGCCGCUGUGAUAAGUCGCUGCCACGAUAGGAGAGCGGUAUUUAUUGGACUCUGACCGCGGUCGCCCGUGGAGCGGUGGAAUUGGGUCUCACUGCCGCCGUGUGGUCCGGAUGCGACUCCGCUCGCGGACUGCGCCGGGGACUGACGGGGUCGGCCGCGCCGCGCUCUUGCUCAUAAUUAGCGGACUCGACCGAAGGCCCGAGUCGCUGGGAACGAUAAUGCUCACAAUGUGCCUGAUUAGUUAUAUGGCUUCAUACUGCUGCGCUGCAUCAUAAUGUGUUUGAAUAAACACGCAUCAUGCCGUCCACAAA